UGUUAGAAAUAAAUGAAAGUCAAUUCCCUAUAUAAAGGGUGGUUUUAGCGGGAAUAAAGACAGAACUGAUUUGUCGAAACUGGACACAAGUUGGUCGACAUGAGGGUCUUGAUAUGCUUGAUGCUGCUGGCGACAGCCUUCGCCGAGGAGAAGAAUGUGAAAAAGCGGGGUCUUGGACUCAGUCUUGGAUACGGAGAUCUCGGUGCGUACAGUGGUGAGUUGGGAUUGGGACUUGGACUGGGACAUGGAUUGGAGUUGGGACACGAGGCUCCUCACACCAUUGUGCAGACUGUUCAGAAGACCGUGGCCGUGCCCAAGCCAUACCCCGUGGCUGUACCUGUUGACCGUCCUUACCCAGUCAAGGUUCCAGUCGACAGGCCUUACCCCGUCCCCGUGAAGGUGCCCGUUCCCCAGCCCUACCCAGUCGUGCAGACGAAAACUGUUCACGUUCCCGUUGACAGGCCAUACCCUGUCCCCGUGAAAGUGCCCGUUCCAGCGCCCUACCCCGUCAAGGUUCCUGUACCGCAGCCCUACCCCGUUAAGGUUGCGGUUCCACAGCCAUACCCCGUCAAGGUUGCUGUACCACAGCCCUAUCCCGUUAAGGUGCCCGUCCCCCAGCCCGUCUACAUCAAGGAGCAGGUCCCUGUUGUUAUUAAGGAACACGGUCACAUUGGAGCACUUGACGGUCUUCACGGAUACGGCCACUACUAAAUAAAUCAGUAUUCGGAUUUAGCGUGCAAUCACCAAACUGUUACAUCGUUUCUAUCUCCUCUAUCCCAUACUUUGCCCAUAAAAAAAGUCUUGUCACCCCACCAAAUCGCCAAUCUCACCGCUCUUCCUAAAAACUAAAGUAAUUAAAAUACCCCCAACCGAGCAUCUCAAAACGACGUAAACAUGCGACCAACCAAAAUAUCUGUUGAAGUACUUGUUUUAGAUAAACAAAAGGCUACCAGUCUUAGAGAUUUUUUAA